AUGGCACCAAAAGUUGUAAAAAAAAAAAAAAACAAGCUAAAGGCUUACGACCUCGAUGAGUCAAAAAAUAUUUUUUUAUAUGUCUAUGAACACCAGUUAAAAAAUGAAAAAAUAAAUUGGAAAAAAGCAGAAGAAUUAAAAAUAACAAACCAUAGUGGGAGUUCUAUGAGGGGGCAUUAUAUAAAUUCAAUAAAAAAUGAAAUAUCCUUAUAUUUAGAAAUGUAUUCUGAAGAGGUAGCUAAAAUUUUUAACAAAGUUAAAAAAUGGAAAAGAGAUGAAAAAAAAAAAUUAUUACUAUUUCAGAAUAGUUUUGGUAGGCAAAAAUCGAACAUUUCUUUAGACAGAUUAACAAAACGUAAAAGUAAAAAUUAUAAUAAAUUUAAUUCAUUAGUAAUUAGUAAGGCCUUUUCAAUGGUAAGUAUAAAAAAAAACAUACCAUACACUAAAAAGUACAAUUUCUUGACCAGAAAUAAUAAAAACGAAAAAAAGAAAAAAAAGAUACCUAUUAGUGUUAAUAAUAAUAUGUGCAUAAAAAAGACCAAAAUAAAACCCCUGAAAAUAAUAGACACCCACAAAAAUAUAAAUAAAAAAAAAAAGAAAAAAAAUAAUGUAAUAAUUAAAAAUACUCUAGAGAAACCAAAUAAGAACAUAAAUACUAAAUUUAGGGAUGAAACAAGUGGAAAGCGAAAUUUAAAUUGCAUAAAAGAUGACAAAAACGAAGACACUAAUAAUCGGAAUCAUAAAAAUAAAAAACAAAAAUUAAAAGAUCAAAAGGUAAUUAAUGAAAAAAUAGAAAAAAUGUAUUCAUUGGAAAGUGUAGAUAACAAAAUAGAUCAGUUAAAUAUUAUAAAUAAAAGUAUUAAAAAUAAUCAUGAUUUGAAGGAAAUAAUAAAACUUGAAAAACAUACACCUAGAAUAAGUAUUGAAACUAAUAGCCCUUAUUAUGGGAAAAGAACAAAUAUAAACAAUACACCUAGAUAUAAUAAAGUAAAUAUGUCAUUUAAGCGUAUAUCAUCAAAUAAAAGUGCAAAUAAAAGAAAGGGGCAUUCAAUAUCUUCUGUAUUUUCAUAUAUUUAUAAAAAAGUAUUUUAUUAA